UAACCCGGAAGUUAGUCAAGCAAAUGACAACUAAUCAGGACAAGAUGUAAUAGAUGAUCUUUGGCAGCGAUUGGGACAGAUGUGAGGUGAUCUCCUCAUAGUGGAUUCAGAGGCCAAGGGAUAUAAAUAUAUCUCUACCUGCCUGCUUGAAUGGAAGGAAAGGAGAUAAGGAACCGAGCCGAUCCGGGCCAGUCCAUGCCAGAUCAAGACACCAGAGACAGCAGCACCCAGACUGACAGCAGAAUACAAGGUCAUGGCCCCAGGCUAUCAAAGGUAAACCUGUUUACCUUGUUGAGUUUGUGGAUGGAGCUGUUCCCUCAAGAGCAAUCUGAAGAAGAUGACCACAGUGAGAUCCGCGGGACCGGUCUGGUGGUGGUGCGGGACAGCAAGGUGGUGGGGCUCCACUGUUCAGGACCUGAGCUCCACGCAGGACAGGCGGCCAUCAUCCAACAUGGCGCCUGUUUGGCUGACUGUCAGUUGUACUUCUCACGGAGACCCUGCGCCACCUGCCUCAAGAUGAUCAUCAACGCUGGAGUCAGUCAGAUCUCCUUCUGGCCCGGAGACCCCGAGGUCAGCAUUCUGAGGCCCACCUCCACAAACCACUCGAGCGCCAACGGUCCACCUGCCCGCAUCACGGAGGAGGCGGCCCUUGACGCCGUGGCGACAGAGAAGCUGAAGUCCAACAGCCGUCCCCACAUCUGCGUGCUGCUGCAGCCGCUGGCGCCCGGCCUGGCUCAGUUUGUUGACGAGACGUCCAGGGAGUGUGAUUUCAUGGAGAAAAUAUCCGAUGACGAUCCGGGGCUGAACACAGAUGAUCUCUACAACAGAGAGCGGACCAGACACCUGAAGGAUUUCUCCAGACAGCUCCUGGUCAAGAUGUCUGAGCAGCACCGGGAGAUUUUGACCCACAUGGGUCUGGAGAACUUCUGUGUGGAGCCUUCCUUCUCCAACCUGAGACACAACAUGAGGGAGCUGGUGGAGGUUCUGGCCGCGGUGGCUGCCGGCGUGCCUCAGCAACACCACGGCUUCCACAGGGAGCAGCAUUCAACCCCGGAGCCAUCGCCGGCAAAGUCCUCGCUGCCUCCCCAUCACGAGGGGCUGUCCCAAGAAGUGGCUCGCCAUUGCAUCAUCCAAGCGAGGCUGCUGGCUUAUAGAACAGAGGACCCCAAAGUGGGCGUGGGUGCCGUCAUCUGGGCCAAAGCACCGUCGGCUGCCAGUGAUGGAAUGCGGUCUCUGUACCUGGUGGGUUGCGGGUACAACGCCUACCCGGCAGGCUCACAUUAUGCAGAAUACCCCCAGAUGGACACCAAACAGGGAGACCGACAGAGACGCAAGUACAGAUACAUCGUCCACGCCGAGCAGAACGCCCUCACCUUCAGGACUCGACACAUCAAACCGGACGAGCCCACCAUGCUGUUUGUGACUAAAUGUCCGUGCGAUGAGUGCGUCCCUCUGAUCAGAGGAGCCGGCAUCACACACAUCUACACCACCGACCAGGACAGGGACAAGGACAAGGGGGACAUCUCCUACCUGAGGUUCGGCAGCCUGAGGAGCAUCCAAAAGUUCAUAUGGCAGAGGAGCCCUUCCGUUUUCUCGGAGCCCUCUCCUCACCAUGCCAAUGGGUUUGUCGGGAAGCACAGCAGGCAGGCUGAGCAGGAGAGCCAAAGCAACAAGAGGCUCUGCACCAACAGAUCCCAGGACUCGUCUUCUGUCCGCUGAACGCCAGCCGCGGACGGACAGAUGUACCAAACGCUGCAAAAUCACGUUUUUAAGCUCUCAACGCAGCUAGAACUGGGAGGAAUUCCGAAACGUCAAAUGCACAUCAUUUUUAUUUAUUUGCUCUUUUUCGUGAAGUAACAGAUUGGUUUUAUGAACCUGAUCACCUGUCAGUCAUUAUUUUGUUUCCCUCUGUUGACUGUACAAUCUAUUGCUGCAUGCUCAUUUUUUUAAACCAUGCGGACCAACAACAGCCAACUCUGGCAGUUUUCUGUCAGAGAUUGGUAAAAAAAAAAAAUUGACACUAUAAAUCUUUAUGUGAACUACCAGAGGCUGCUUUGAAUAGGAAGUGUUAACGGAAACCCAUAACUGACACUGAAGUCAAAGGGAAACAAUUAAAAAGGGACGAAAGGACGAAUGGAUGAAAGGAGCAAGAGCGGGAAAUAGGGAGACCACAAAAAAAUUAUAUAUUUUAAAUAGUUAUAUAAACGGAUACGUGGAUUGUUUGUCAUUUAAUUUUUUAAAUACGUGUGUGAAUAGUUCAUUUUAAUGGUGGAUAUAAAGACAUCCAAACUGUAUGUAUGUAUGUAUGUAUGUAGCUCCUGUUCUCCAGGAUGGUGACUUGAUAAGAGACUGCUGGUACGUAACACUGCAGCGUCUCCGUGCAAUUUCCAUUUCCGUUGCUAUGAGACUGUUUUACUUAUGAUUAUAUUACAGAUAUAUUGAUAUGAUACAUAAAGUAUAAACUUUAUACUUUAUACUAUACCUUAUUUUCAUUUAAUUAAGGAACUAUGUUGAAGCCCAGCUUUAAUUCCUUGCACAAAAAAAAAACCUGUUCUACUUCAUUAUGUCGUUAUGCCAUUUUCUGUUUAUACGGUUCAAUGACACAAUGUUCAAAUGUUUCUGUAACUGAGGUCCGAGUCAUCCAAAAAACAUUAUGUGCAUUAGUGUUUUAAGACAGUUAAAAGUAUAUUUUAAGGCGAUGAAUGCACAUGAAAAUAAAGCUGUUAAGGAAAUCUAA